ACGGAUCCCACCAAGUAGCAGCUUUCUCUACUAAUCUUGAUUUGGAAACGGAACUUUUGUCCAAUCUGCAAGUGUACCUUAAUAUAUUGGAUCCUGCCAGCUUAGCACAAGGUUAUGGUUGCAUCCAUCUACAUCUACAGAUACAAACCACGAAGCAGGUUCCUAAAUUAUCGCUUUCUUUACUACUAGGAGAUCCAGCGAGCAUCCAAGAUGGGCUUGGCAUGUCCGCUCGUUAGUACCGCCAUGGAUCCACUGCCCCUUCGUGACAGUAAUUUGCCCCUUUUGCCGCUGGUUGCGGUCUCAUCUCGGCGACAAGAUCGACUCACUUCGGACCUGCGCGCUGCUUGCUGCAGCAUUACUCCUGCCCGGCCGGGCAGUUCGCGGGAGUGCAAACAGGAGCAGGCUGUACCAUGGCUGCGGGGGCACUGGAGCUUUGGAACCAUGGGUCGAUGCAGAUCCUGGUCCUCCUCAGCCUCGGGCUCCAGUUCGUUCUCUUCGCCUUUGCCGGGAUCCGGAGGCGUGAAGAUGCGCCCGUUCGAAGGUUCCUCCUCUGGCUAGCGUACCUCUUGGCCGACUCCACCGCCGUAUAUGCUGUUGGGCACCUGUCGUUCAGCAGCACCGUGCGUGAGCAUCAGCUCGUCGUGUUCUGGGCGCCGUUCCUCCUGAUGCACCUCGGCGGUCCGGACAACAUCACCGCCUAUGCGCUGCAGGACAAUCAGCUCUGGCUCCGCCACCUCCAAAUCCUCGUCGUUCAGGUCCUUGGGGCAGCCUAUGUCCUCAAGAAGAACCUCCCCGGUAGCGGCGGCUGGGAUUUGCUGCGGAUCGCCUCCUUCCUCAUGUUCGGCCUCGGCGUCGUCAAGUACGGGGAGAGGACGUGGGCGCUAAAGUGCGCCACCCUGGAGAGCAUCGGCGUCUCCGUCAAGACGCAGCCACUAGCCAUCCACAACCAUGUCCACCCCCAGGACGAGGCAUCGAAGGAGGAGUUCGUGUUGAGACGAGCGCACUCGCUGUUCCACAUCUGCAAGCGCGCCAUCGUCGACUCCUCGGUGAUCGAGAAGGACGUCGUCGAGGGACACGAAGAGUACACAACCAAGAUGAUGCACCAAGUUGAGCUCUGGGCGCUGAUGGAGAUCGAGCUCUCCCUCAUGUACGACGUCCUCUACACCAAGGCGGCCGUGGCCCACACGUCCUUGGGCUACCUGGUACGGGUCGUCUCGCCGCUCACUGCCGCAGCCUCACUGCUCCUGUUCCAGUUCACCGUGAAGCAUGGCUAUAAUAGAGCCGACAUCGCCAUCACCUAUGUCUUGAUGGGUGGUGCCGUGUUCAUGGAGACGACGUCGCUCCUGAACGCCUUAGGGUCUUCAUGGACGUUUGCGUUCCUCAGCACAACCAGGUGGCAAUGGCUUCGGUACGCAGCGCUGUGCAACAAGAGAUGGGACAGGCUUCGGCGUGUGGUUGUGACACUUCACCAGCUUGUCAAGGGAGGAGGCAGCAGGUACGCAUCACGGAGGUGGUCAUACACCAUCGGGCAGUACAAUAUGUUGCACUUCUGCACUCGCCCCGCUAGCACGCCGUUCACCAGCCCUCUGCUGGGGAGGCUGGCCAAGAAGUUCGGACCCAGUGAGUGGUGGAACACGAAACACUACUCAGCGAGCGCUGACCUGCCGGACUAUAUCAGGCAUCAUAUCUCGAGCUAUAUGAAACGGCUGUAUAGCAAGGGACAGUUCAACACUGGCUUGCUCAGAAAGAAGUGGGGUGAGGACCCACUUCACCGCCGCGGGCUCUAUGGAGAAGGCAUCCUUAAGGACUCCCUCGGCGUCGAGUUCCAGGAGGGCAUCAUCAUCUGGCACAUCGGCACCGAAGCUUACCUGGCCAAGAGCCAGAGAGCCAAGGCCGAGGGCGCGGCCGAGCAUGUGCAUGCCAUCAGGGUUCUAUCCGACUACAUGAUGUUCCUGCUGGUGGAUCGCCCGUACAUGCUGCCAGGCCAGCCCCAGAAGAAGAUCUACCAACGGAUAUGCGAGAAACUGGUCGCCAUGCGAUCACUUCAUUCUAAGUACGAUCUUCGCAAUGGUAUGGUGAGGAAUCUAUUCCGCCUGCGCGACCCACCAAACUCCAAAACCUCCAGAGUCGCCGAGAGAGAGGAGCUCGCCAACAUCCUAUACGAUGAGUACAAGAACCACGAGUUCAGCCACACCGCACCUCGUCUCAUUCACGCGGCACGACUCGCCAAGGAGCUGCUGGAGAAGGAGAGAGGCGGAAUGCCCGAUACCUUGAACCUUGUGCUUGAGGUGUGGAUGGACAUUAUCGUCUACGCAGGCAACAAGUGCAGCAGGAAUUCCCAUGCCCAGAAGCUCAACAGUGGUGGAGAGAUGACCACCAUCCUGUGGCUUAUGGCAGAAUACCUCUACCAAGCGUCUCUCUAGUAGGAAGCGAUCAGUCGUGUAAAGAGAUGGUAUAUUUGUUAAUUUUAGUGUUUGAAUAAGUCACACCUUGCUAAAAAAAUUCCCUCACAACUUAAAAUGUGUGUGUGCGUGUUUUUUGUUAAGAGUUUCUAAAUCUAUCAUGAUCGGGAUUUUAUUAGGUCGAAGUCCCUGCCUUGUGUCAUGUGAUGUCUCCGUGUAGAGAUUGACACAAUGCUGGAGAGAAUCAAGAUUAUAUGUAUAUAGGGUAGCACUCUGUAACACCAUCAUUUUGUCAUAAAAAAACCAUAUAUACAUAUAUACUGCCGUUAAAGGUAUCUUGUCGCCCUUGUUCAAUAAAAAGUUCAAUCGAUGGCUUUUGUUGAUUA